AUUCCCGAGGAAGCCUAGAGUGGAGUGACCAAACGAGCAGCUGGAGGCUCCUGCGGCUGCGCCCCAGCCUAAGCCAAGACCCUUGAUCAGGCCAGCCCCUCUCAGCCGGCUCUAGCCGGCUCCAGCGGGGUCUCUCUUAUAGCCCUGCCCUAGCUUCCUCGCUUACAACCGAAAUUUAGUUUGCAAGUUUUGUUCUUGAAACUUUUCCCCCAGGGCUUCUAGGAGGACAGCGGACCUCUGAUUGGGACAUUUAAGGACUUGGGUUACUCGGCUCCCAGAAGCUCAAGUCCUAAGUGUCCCGACAGAAGACCCGCGGACCCUUAAGGUUUGCUGGGAAACUGCGAGACGAUGGGAGAACCGCUGUCCAUUCAAAACCUUCAGCUCGGAAACGACUAACUGAAGCGUGGUUUGGAUGACUGGGUCUCCAGUCUUAACCAACGCCGCUCCUGGAUGAAAGGUCCAGAUUUCAGGUUGCAACAUUAUACCUACUGAUUCUUUGAUGGACUAUCAACCCCUGAAAGGUCUCUGAAGUCACAUCCAGCAUCCUCUCUGUGGCCUUUUCAGAACUCAAGCUCUUCUUUCUGAUCUACUUUUGACAUCUUUUCCCUUGGAUGAGCUGCCAGAAGUUUGAUCCAAAUUACUGCUAAAAAUGUACCUCACCAUUGUACACAAGAAUUAUACUUGCUAUGGCUACAGUGCAUGUUCUUAGAAAGAACUACAUGGAUCAAGCAUGUGAGGCCACGAGUAGUACUUAAUGUGGAACACCAAGGUCGACGGAUUUUGGUUGUACCAAUGUCUUCAUUCUAUAGUGUUCUGUUCUUUUACCAUCCCAGAGAAAAUGUUGCUAGAAGAGAAUAUUGGGUGGAAUGAGACCCUUUCCCAUAUUUUAUGAGCAAUAUGCAUUAAGAAACACAUCUAUUCUACAAAGCUCUAUAGUCCUGAAGAAGCAAGCAGCCAUAUACACACAGACCGGAGAACAUGAGACUGUUUGUUAGCAGCAGAAGAGUCAAAAGAUGGCAGCUUUUUCAUUUUUUUGCCACUUGUUUUAUAUUAAGCUUCAUGGUUUUUUGGGGCCCAAUCAAUAAUUAUGUCAUGAGCUAUAUGAAGUCCUACUCCUACAGAUACCUCAUAAAUAGCUAUGGCUUUGUAAACAGUUCCCUGUCUCUCAAGCACAGCUCUGCGCAGCCUCACUACCCAUACUUGAUCAACCACAGAGAGAAGUGUCAGGCUCAAGAUGUCCUCCUCUUACUGUUUAUAAAGACUGCCCCUGAAAACUAUGACCGACGUUCUGCAAUCAGAAAAACGUGGGGCAAUGAGAACUAUGUUCAGUCUCAAUUCAAUGUCAACAUCAAAACUCUGUUUGCAUUAGGAACUCCUAGUCCACUGAAGGGAAAAGAACUGCAAAAAAGACUGAUCGGGGAAGAUCAAGUGUACAAGGAUAUAAUUCAGCAAGAUUUCAUUGAUUCUUUCCACAAUCUUACUUUUAAAUUCCUUCUUCAGUUCAGCUGGGCAAAUACCUUUUGUCCACAUGCCAAAUUCCUGAUGACUGCUGAUGAUGAUAUAUUUAUCCACAUGCCAAAUCUCAUUGAAUAUCUUCAAGGGCUGGAGCAGACUGGAGUCCAAGACUUUUGGAUUGGUCACGUUCAUCGAGGUGGCCCUCCUAUUAGAGAUAAAAGCAGCAAAUACUAUGUUUCCUAUGAAAUGUACAAGUGGCCAGCCUACCCUGACUAUACAGCUGGUGCUGCCUAUGUUGUCUCCAGAGAUGUAGCUGCCAAAAUCUAUGAAGCAUCGCAGACACUGAAUUCCAGUAUGUACAUAGAUGAUGUAUUCAUGGGCCUCUGUGCCAAUAAAGUGGGAAUAGUGCCACAGGACCAUGUAUUUUUCUCUGGGGAAGGGAAAGUUCCUUAUCAUCCCUGCAUCUAUGAAAAGAUGAUGACAUCUCACGGACACUUACAAGAUCUGCAGGACCUCUGGAUGGAAGCUACACAUCCUAAAGUAAAGAACAUUUCAAAAGGUUUUUUUGGUCAAAUAUACUGCAGGUUAAUUAAGAUGGUUCUUCUCUGCAGAUUGACUUACAGGAAUUCAUAUCCUUGUUGGGCUGCAUUUGCUUAGUAAUACUUGAAUGCUGUACUGUGUUAACUGUCACUGAGCCAAACUUGAACGGAAAAUAAUAAUCUGUAAAUGUUUCUCUCUACCCUAAGACAAAUGAAUUGAAAGCAAAGAGAUCAUUUCAAAACCCAGUUAAACUGGUCAAUGUAACUCCAAAUUAAAUUGCGGCUUCAUUUCAUUUCAAGGAAUUCAUAUUAUAAAUGACUUAGAUCGUGAGCGAGGGUAAAGUAAAAAUUCCACGUUCUCAUUUGGUUCUACACAUGUAUUUGAGGUAUGGAGAACACUGAGAAGCCUUAGUAUCAAAAUAAUAGUUUUGGGAAAAUAACAAAUGUAUAAUAUAGCAUUUCUAAAAAAUUAAUACAUCUUAGAACGAGCAAUCCCAAUGUUCUUAUUAAAGAGUACUAGGUAGAGGUGGGGGGAGGCAGGUGAUACAGAAGAAAGUAUACCAACGUUAUGAAAGGGUCAUUUGAAUGAGGACAUACAAGCGAAAUGUAUAUAAUUUUGUUCUAGUUAAGUCGUUUGACAUUGGCAUUCCUAUAGCCAUUUACCUAGGCCGUUCUGGAAUCAUUUAAAAUCUAUUUGUUUCAUCCUCUCAAAUUUAAUUUUUAGUGUAAAACUUUAGAAAGUGGCCAGCUCUACCCUAACAAACACUGUAUGUACGCUUUCUCUAAAGUUAUAAAACAGGAAUAGUUCCUGGCCCCUGGAGGACCUUCUUUAAAGAUAAAUUCCUAGCAACUCCAAUAAGCUCGUUUUAAUUUAAUGAAUUAUUCAAUUGCUUUUAAAGCAUUAGAUAUUGGCCUCUGUUUAAGGUAGUUGUUUGGAUACCUCUUACAAUGAGGAGUAUAAUAACGGAAGAGACUUGAAGGAAAGAUAGAACUAGGGGUAUAGCUCAGCAUCCAAAAGGGGAAAGACAAAGAAGCAUUAAGUCUCUUUUCCUUGUAACUUGUAAUGUUAGCUUUGAGUCCUGAUCAUAGCAUUCAACACUAAAAUUAACCCACCACUUCCAAUAGAGUCUUGUAGGACACAGAUUUUGUUCCAAGUGAAGACUUUUAACUUGAAAGUUUUUAAUACACUACCCCAUCUAAAAUAAUCCAUUAUUUGACACAAUAGCUAUCAGAGGUUAUCUUUUAAAUAUUUCAGACAUGGGAGCAGAAUAAGAGUGCUAGAGAAUCUGACCAAAUGAGAUUAGAAAUGUUGGUAAAUCUGCAUGUUCUUUGUAAUCAGAGGCUUGGCAGAUCUAAUAAAUUAAAUUACAUUUAUUUUACAAAAUAGGAUUAAAACAUGUGGCUGGUAUGCAAACAAUGCACCAGCACAGAAAGGACUAAGGGAUAUUCGAUUAAGGACCAAUGAUGCAGGUCAAAACACGAUUUCAGCAAAUGAAGAUGGAUGCUUAACAAACCUCAGACAGAUACACAUAAUAGGGAAAUUUUAGCUACUAUUAUUAGGAUGGUGUUGGAAACAAGGUUAAAAAAAAAAAACUAAAAAUACACAACUAAAUGAUAUCUGUGUUUUCGCAGGUAGAUUUAAAAAAAUGUUUACAGAAAUCUUUGUGAAGUUUUUUAUUGUGAGAUAUGAAGCUUGCUUAUCCUGCUCGGGUAGUUUCUUACUAAUUUCAAGACUAGUGUUAAACAUUCUAAGAUAGUUAUUUUAGGGUAGAUCCAGGGUUUUAGAUUACUAACAGUUCAGAUUUUCUGAUCAAUUUUUUCAAACACUAGAGAACAAAAGUGUCAUUUGAAAAGCAGCUUCAUAGUUAAUUCUCACCAGUUGGCCCUUUGAUAAUCGCUGGCUUUAGGUAUACAUGGGAUAAUGUGUGCCCGUGUUUCUACUUGGAACUGGUAAAAGUUGUCACUGGCUGGAAAAUGUCAUCUCUCUCUUGUGUACAAGAUGGUCUGUUUACACUGGUACUUUCUGAAGCAGUUCUUUGUCUGAUUGAGCUCUCAUGAACCAUGUUCAUCUUUUUACUUUUUGCUUAGGAUAGAAUGGAACUGGUUGGAAGUUAAAGGAAAUAU